AUGACAUCUGUGAUGCACUCCGCGGCCCAAGAUCAACAUCGUCUUCCCACGAACGUGAAGCCUGUGCACUAUGACUUGACUGUGAAGACGGACUUGCUCAAGUGGUCAUUCGAAGGGCUUGUCAGAGUACAACUACAGGUCAUACAGGAAACCUCACAAAUUGUCCUGAACUCGCGUGAAAUCCAGCUGGAGAAUAUAACCAUAGUCUCAAGCACAUCGGAUACGGAUACGGAGCAGAGACCGUCGUCAGUUGUUCUCGAUGCAGCGUUGGAACGGGCUACCUUCGAGUUCCCCGUUCCCCUUCCUGCGAAUUCAACCGCGGUACUAUCUAUCCACUUCUCAGCGCCACUAACCGAUUCUUUGGCCGGUUAUUACCGCUCGGCUGGUGAUGAAAAUACAGAGGUCUACGCCGUUACACAGUUUGAGCCAACGGCAGCACGCAGAGCGUUCCCGUGCUGGGAUGAGCCGCGGUUCAAGGCUACCUUUGCGGUAACGCUCAUCUCGCGCAUCGAUACAAUCAACAUAAGCAAUAUGCCGGCUAUAUCGGAGACGGUCCUUGAUCCUGACACCAUCUCCGACACAAGUAGCAUUUAUUCAUGGUUAACCAGUAAAUUGGCGCAUUUCUUCUCGCGGGACGCCGUGCGUACGGAUCGGUGGAAGAUCACUCGGUUUGAAACUAGUCCUCCCAUGUCUACCUACGUUCUCGCUUACGCAAAUGGGAAUUUCCAAUACUUGGAGAGCUCUUACACAAGCUCCCUGAGCGGCAAGACCCGUCCUCUUCGUUAUGUACUUGACUGUACGCGAUUGAUGGUACCAAAGCUCGAAGAAGCAUUUGGUGUCGAAUUCCCCCUCCCUAAGAUAGACACGCUUGUCGUGUACGACUUCGAUGCCGGCGCAAUGGAGAAUUGGGGCCUUAUUAUUGGACGUACUUCAGCGUACCUGUGUGAUCCAAAGUCGCCCGACAUGCGACUCAAGAAGGACAUCGCUAGCAUGCAGUGCCAUGAGCUAACACACCAAUGGUUCGGCGACAUCACGACAAUGGCCUGGUGGGAUAACUUAUACCUGAACGAAGACUGGAACUGUGAUGCACUCUUCUUGUCUAAUUCCUUCGCUCGAGCUCUAGAUUUAGAUGCGAUGCGGGCUUCUCACCCCAUUGAAGUCGAGUGUCUGGAUGCGAGUAUGGCCUAUCAGGUUUUCGACGCACUCGCAUACGAGAAAGCGGCCACAGUCCUACGCAUGCUCUGCAGAUUUGUAGGAGAAGAGGUGUUCUUCAAGGGUGUUUCUGUGUAUCUCAAAAGACACUUGUAUGGGAACACGGUGACGCGGGACCUCUGGGAAGGCCUAGAGUCUGCGAGUGGCCUCAACAUACCUUCAAUGAUGGACAACUGGGUAAAGAAGGUUGGAUAUCCGGUGCUCACGGUCACUGAGACUCAGGGGGCUAUCCAUAUUCGUCAAGAUCGGUUUCUGCAGACAGGGAAAUUAGAGCCUGAGGACAACGAGACUAUAUGGACGGUUCCUCUCAAACUCCUUACCGUAUCACAGCAAGGCGACGUGAAUGUCAACGGGUCUAUCCUCCUGACUGAGCGCGAAAUAACCAUUCCACUUGAUGGUGCAAUACAGUACAAGUUGAACGCAGGUAGUGCCAGCCUUUGCCGAGUAUCAUAUCCCCCAGAAAGACUAGCAAAAUUAGCCGAUGACGCAGCGAAGGCGCAAUCUAUCUUUUCUCUGCAAGACCGCAUGGGUCUGGUGGACGAUACGCUGGCAUUGGCGAAAGCUGGGUAUUGCACAGUCGGAGAUGCUUUGUCCUUAAUUGACGUGCUGAGAGACGAGAAGGACUACGUUGUAUGGCAAGCCAUCGGCAACAAUCUCUCUACCCUGCUUUCUGUCUGGUAUGAAGAUCCAGAAAUUGGUUUGUUCGUGCCCCUUGUCAAACGUCUCGGUUACGAGAAUCAAAGUGAUGAUCCGGUCGAUAUUUGCGACUUGCGAACAUUGGCCAUUGAACAGACGGCUGUCUGCCAGGAUCCGGAUGUGGUAAAUGUACUGACCGGCCGAUUCGCUCGCUACAUGGAGACGGGUGACGAGUCCACAAUACCUCCCGAUCUGCGCUGGAUUAUCUACCACACCGCUGUAUAUCAUGGUGGGAUUAAUGAAUGGGAAGCGGUCAAGAAAAUAGCAGAAAUAUCGAAGGACCCUUCAGCCGGCCAAGCAGCCAUAAGAGCCAUGGGUGCUACGCAGGACCCAACGCUCAUCGAAGCAACAUUAAAUUACGCGUUCACGGGGGCUCGUGAUCCGGAUGUACCUUGGUAUAUGGUGGGUUUGUCGCAGAAUAGCAAGGCGAGGAAGCUUUUGGCGUCGGCGUUCAAAGACAAUUUCGCCGCGCUGUACGAACGUUUUACAGACAACUUCACUUUGCAACGUAUGAUCAAGCUUCCCUUUGAGCGAUUGAGCAGCGAAGACGAUUACGAGAAGACUACUCGGUUCUUCGAGGAUAAGGACACUUCAUCGUAUGACCUCACCUUGAAACAAGUCUUGGAAGGUAUAGCCUCCAGGGUCUCUUGGAUUAAGCGAUCCACAGAUGACAUCAAGCUCUGGUUUGAAGACCGUAAGGGGGACUAUUGUGCGUGA